CCAGAUGCUGAAAUUAAUUCUAACUCCUUUCGUCCACUGAAUUAAACCAUCUUAUCCGUGUAUUACUCCUCAAACGUAGAUGGUUACAGCAUUUAUAAAAACAUUUCCUGUCCGCUCACCGGAAGUCGUUUGUAGUCUUCCUGAGUCACGUGAUUAUUCUCUUCAAAGUCCUUCAGUGUAAAGUCUCAAGAAUUCGUUCGCUUUUUUAACUUAAUAUCGCGGCUUUAAUCGCCAAACUAAUGGAUGUCGCCAGUGAGGAAGAGAGCUUGUGAUGAACGUCUUUCCAUCCUGACCACUUCUCUGGAACUCAUGACCAGCAGGCUGCCAACCAGACCAGUGUUGUGAUCCAACACCGGUGGCGGUGAAUAAUGUCCGCACCAGCCGACGACUCGCCCUCCGGUGAAAGCACUGGCAGGGAAGCUCUGGUCACCAAAGAGGGGCCACUGCCUACUGAGGUCCCACAGGAGGAGGUGCCCACUGUAGAGAACACACAAGGUGACUCGGUCAGCGAUGAGAAAAAGCUGCCUGCCAAAGACGAUGACGAGGGUGAGGAUGAGGUCACAGGGGAGGUCGAAGGUGAGGCCGGGGUUGAGCAGCCAGAAGUAGAGUCCAGUUCUGUGGAGGAAGGCCAGGACUCUGUGGGAUCGAUUUUCUGGCUGUCCCCAGUGGAGUCCCCGGUGGAAGUGCUCACCCCUGAACCCUCCCCGGCACCUGAGCUGGACGUCACUGCUGCCGCUGGACCCUCAACUGACCAGACCUCCACGCCUGCAUAUUACAUGGUGAAGUGGAUCACCUGGAAAGAGAAGAAAACACCCAUUGUUACACAGAGCCAGAACGGACCCUGCCCCCUGCUGGCCAUCAUGAAUACUCUCUUCCUGCGAUGGAAGGCAAGUCUUCCAGCCGAGACUGAAGUGGUGUCCUCAGAGGACCUCAUGACUCAUCUGGGAGAGUGUGUUCUGUCGGUGACCCCAAGAGAAAAGUCGGAUGGGAUGGACCUGAACUUUCAACAGAACAUCAGUGACGUCAUGGCAGUGCUUCCCAAACUGUCGACAGGCCUGGACGUCAAUGUCCGCUUCACUGGUGUGGCCGACUUCGAGUACACGCCCGAGUGUAUCGUCUUUGACCUACUGAGCAUCCCGCUUUACCACGGCUGGCUGGUGGAUCCACAGAAUCCAGAGAUGGUGGCAUCUGUGGGGACGCUGAGCUACAACCAGUUGGUGGAAAAGAUCAUUCACUGCAAACACUCUGAAGACAGCAGUCUGGUCAGUGAAGGUCUGGUGGCGGAGCAGUUCCUGGAGUCCACAGCGACACAGCUGUCAUAUCACGGCUUGUGCGAACUCAACUCGACGGCGAACGAUGAGGAGAUAUCUGUGUUCUUCAGGAACAACCACUUCAGUACCAUGAUCAAACACAAGGGCCACCUGUACCUGCUGGUGACCGACCAGGGCUUCCUGGAGCAGGAGCAGCUGGUGUGGGAGUCGCUGCACAACCUGGAGGGAGACGGCAACUUCUGUGACUGCAACUUCAGACUGUGUCACCCCCCGCAGAGGCUCUCCCCACUCAGCCCGGACCCCACGCUCCGGCAGCAGCAGAUCCAGCAGGACUACCUGGUGGCGAUGUCCCUGCAGAAGCAGCAAGAACAAGCCCCGGGCAACUUCACGGAUCUGGACCUGGCCCGGCAGCUCCAGCAGGAGGAGUACUUACAGCAGCAGCAGCAGCCGCCGCCGCCGCAGCAGCAGCAGCAGCAGAGCUCCUCGCAGCAGGCCCGGCCCCCGGCGUCACACCCCCGAGGAGCCAGGACACGCGACAAGGACUCGGACUGUACCUUACUGUAGACGCGCACUCGCACAAUACUUAUGACAUCAUCAGUGAUGGACUGAACGCCGCAUCAUUCUCUUCGCUGAUGACAUCUCGUCCAUUACCAGCCUUACGUUCCUUCUUUUUAAAGGGCUAUCGCUUUGCUUCCUUUGCCGUGCUGCCAGCUCCCAUGUCACAUGACCAAAAUAAUAACAAUAAAGUAACUUAACGUAUCUUCAUGUCAAAAACCAAAGCUGCUUUAGUAUUGUCUAAAUUAUGACCAGUAGCCUCUUUUUCUUAGUGGUCAAAUAAAGACUUGACAAUAGCGGUGACUCACACCUUUACUGCUCUUUAAAACCUCUUUAAAACUGCUCUUUAAAGGUUCCGCGGCUGCUAGUUCUGCUUGCAUCUCUUGGCAGUUAGUGUUAAUUCUGUUAAUUCUGAAUUAGGGUCAAAGACUUCGGAGAAAGAAACGGUGACAUCGUGAUCCCCGAGGGCAUCUGCAGACGUGGCCGGAGCUUCUUCGUCCAGCGUCCUCUUCACGCCAGCAGAACUUCUCAGAGUGACACUAGAAGAUCAGGAACAGAUGUAAACACCUCAGACACGCCUUCCACUUGCACUAAACAAGCUCUGUUUUAAACUUGAAAUGCAUUCCACGUCAAAACUGCAAGAUCAUUUUGAAUCUGGCAUAAAUAAAGCAGUGUGGAGAUGAGUGAAGUCUCCUCUUCCUGU